UAGACAUCGACCAUGCCAGUACACACACGGAACUAAUUGUGUUUUUCUCGUAACCCCCCCCCAAACAAAGACAUCAAACCACGUCGCCGCCGGCGACCACCAGUCCACCAUCACCACCACGGCUAUCACCAUACUGAAUCACAACCUCUUUUGUUAGUUCAGUUUCUUGGGAAAAUGAAGGAAGUGAAGGACCCUGAGAUAAAGUUGUUUGGGAAGAAGAUUGCUUUGCCUGAUAACGGCAAGGUUCUGGUGAUCUCCGGCAAUGAUCCCGGCGGAGAAUUCAUUGACACUAGUUCUGAUGAUUCUGAUCGUAGUUUAAUGAUCAAAGCGAACACUUGUUUGGAACACAAGAAAGUGAGCAGAGUAGGAGGACAAGGAAAACUAGAACAAGUGACUGAGAAGGAUCAUCUAGCUGAUGGAUCCAAUGAGCCCAAACCACAAGACAAGGCGCUCUCUCCAAUUACCGAUGAGUCAACAGAUCCACAAAUGCUGUCUGAGUCGGACAAGAACCCUAAGACUCCUUCUAUUGAUGAAGAAACUGCACCAUUACAAUCUCCAAAGACAGAAAAUGACCAGAGUGAUGCAUCUAACUCCCAACAAAAAACCCUGAAGAAGCCAGACAAAAUUCUUCCUUGCCCCCGUUGUAAUAGCAUGGAUACAAAGUUUUGUUACUACAACAACUACAACAUCAAUCAACCCCGUCAUUUCUGCAAGAGCUGCCAGAGAUACUGGACUGCUGGUGGUACCAUGAGGAACGUGCCUGUGGGAGCUGGUCGUCGCAAAAACAAGAACCCCACCUCUCAUUGUCGUCACAUUACCAUAUCUGAAGCGCUUCAUGGUGCUCGGAUUGAUGCUCCAAAUGGAAUUCAUCAUCCCGCAUUCAAAACCAAUGGCACAGUCCUCUCUUUUGGCUCAGACUCGCCGCUUUGUGAAUCAAUGACCUCUGUUUUGAAUAUUGCAGAGAAAAAGAUCCCAAAUGGUACCCGAAAUGGGCUUUACAUCCUUGAACCAGGAAUCACAGUUCCUUGCAAAGGUGGAGAAAAUGGCGACGAUUGCUCUAGUAAGUCGUCUGUCAUGACUUCAAAUUCAAUGGCCGAGGAAGGGACAAACAGGCUUCAAGAGCCAAAGAUGCAGACCAUAAAUGGCUUCCCUCCUCAAAUUCCAUGCCUUGCUGGAGUUCCUUGGCCUUAUCCUUGGAGUUCUGGCGUUCCUGUGCCAGCCAUUUGUCCUUCAGGGUUUCCCAUGCCAUUCAUCCCUGCACCUUACUGGAAUUGUGGUGUGCCCGGUGCUUGGAGUAUUCCUUGGUUGUCUCCAACGGCUCCUGCAACAAAUCAAAAGGCAUCAAGCUUGGGUCCAAAUUCAGUAACCUUAGGGAAGCAUUCAAGGGAUGGGGACUUGCUAAAGGCGAGCAAUCCAGAUGUUAAAGAGUCAGUAGAACAGAAGAAAUCAGAGGGAUCUAUUUUAAUUCCAAAAACAUUGAGGAUCGAUCACCCUGAUGAAGCUGCAAAAAGUUCUAUAUGGGCAACGCUUGGGAUUAAGCACGACUCUGCCAGCAGGGGAGGGUUUUUCAAGUCCUUCCAGCAAAAGGCUGAUGAAAAGAAUCACUUGGGCACAAAUUCUUUGUUGUUGCAUGCUAACCCUGCAGCCUCAUCUAGGUCCCUUAGCUUCCAAGAGGCUGCCUAGAGUACAUUUUCAUCAUUCUGAAAGGGAAAAGUAACAUUGGAUUCUGCUCACUGGUUUAUCUCUGGUGCACUUACCUUCAGCCUUGGUGGCUCGUCUUUAGAUACCUGCCUCAAUUGAACAUAAAGAGGCAGUUAAUCGAUAGAGAUGGAAUGGAGGUUAUUUCUCUGGGGUUCCCUAAGUGGAACUGGAUGAUUAUCUAGAGAAGUUCAAAUAACAGCCGAAUUUCUCUUUCUUGUAACAUUAAAAACAUGUCCGUUUUGUUCGGAAUGUUGAGUGUGUUUUGAUGUAAAUUUCUGUAUGAGAAAUACUGACUGUGAAAGGAGAGAGUGAAAGAUAUAUCGAUGGACGAAAAUUGUAGAUGUUGUAUGAUAUAAUGGUAAACUAGUUUGGAAAGUGGUCUUGGUGGUUUGGAUAAUAACAAUUU